GUCACAUGAUUUUUCAUAAUAAAGGGGUGAACCGCAAUCAGUCAGCUGCACAGUUGAUUAGGAAAAGACAGACACAAUGUUGACAGUGGCUAUAAUUACUUUACUGUCAUUGACAGCGGUUUUUGGUGACACGCCUGCAAACUGUACUUAUGAAGAUAUAAGUGGAAAAUGGACAUUUUUUGUGUCAAGUCGUGGCCACGACAAAACUUUAAAUUGUUCCAAAAACAGUGCCACAGUGAGUCAGAUCAGUAUGAACUUAUAUUUUCCUGAUGUUGUUGUUGAUGAGUUUGGUAACAAAGGAUUCUGGACUAUAAUUUAUAACCAGGGAUUUGAAGUAGUCGUAGCAGGAAGAAAAUAUUUUGCGUUUUCUUUGUAUAAACAAUCUGGUAUGACUGUCACAAGUAUGUGUGAUCAGACCAUGAACGGUUGGUCACAUGAUGUGUUUGAUCGAGAUUGGGCUUGUUAUUACGGCAAAAAGGCCACAGCGGUUCCACCAAAAACCUAUCAGAAAGUAAAAUCAGAAAGAUUAUUUAAAUCAAACUAUGAUUUUAUCAACGCCAUCAACAAAAACCAGAAAUCGUGGACAGCCACAGUUUAUCCUGAUUACGAGGGAAAACCAAUGAAAGAAAUGUUAAACAGAGCUGGUGGUCCCGCUUCUCAAAUACAUGGAUCAAUAAAAGCUGCACCUGUUACCUGGGAAGAACAAAGAUCUGCCAAUACUCUACCUGAUCAAUUUGAUUGGAGGAACGUUGAAGGCAGUAAUUAUGUUUCACCUGUCAGGAAUCAAGAAAGUUGUGGUAGUUGUUUCGCGUUUGCUUCAAUGGCUAUGAAUGAAGCUAGAGUAAGAAUAAUGACCAAUAAUUCUCAACAAUUUGUCUUCUCACCACAAGAUAUCGUUGAGUGUAGUGAAUACUCACAAGGUUGUGAUGGUGGUUUUCCGUAUUUAAUUGCGGGUAAAUAUGCGGAAGAUUUUGGAUUAGUUGAAGAAUCGUGUAAUCCGUAUACAGGUAAAGAUGGCGAAUGUUCAACUAAACCAGGUUGUACCAGACAUUAUGCUACCGAGUAUGAAUACGUCGGAGGUUUCUACGGAGCCUGUAACGAGGCUCUAAUGAGAAUGGCUGUAUUUAAAAAUGGACCCGUGGUCGUUGGUUUUAACGUGACCGAAGAUUUCUUCCACUACAAGUCUGGUAUAUUCCACCACACUGGUUUGGAGGACAGAUACAAUCCAUUCGAAGUAACCAAUCACGCUGUCUUGGUUGUUGGAUAUGGGGAGGAUGACGGAGAAAAGUUUUGGAUUGUUAAAAAUAGCUGGGGGGAAGAUUGGGGUGAACAGGGCUAUUUUAGAAUUCGACGUGGAACUGACGAAUUAGCUAUUGAAAGUAUGGCUGUUCAGUCGUUCCCAAUUGUUUAAAAUCAACGGUGCAGAAAUCAGAUUUUUAAUUAUUUAGCUGCUUAAUAUUUGUGACGUUUUCAACAAGAUUUCACAAAGCUUUUUCAACCAUAUAAACACAAUGUGAAAUCUUGAUGAAAACGUGGCAGUGUCAUAAAUUAUAGUAAUUGUUAUUCCAAAAAUAGUGUGUUAUUUAUUUAUGUCUCAAUUUACUAAAUACACUUCAAACAAUAUUGUGUCACAUCAUGUUGAGAUCGAUCAUGUGACACCAUAUUGAUAUCAUGUGACACCAUGUUUGGAUCAUGUGACACUAUGUUGAGAUCAUGUGAAACCAUGUUGAGAUCAUGAGACAUCAUGUUGAGAUCAUGUGAUGAAGCAAACUAAAACAGUUAACUCCAAAAUGUCCUUUUCAACUGACAUUGUUUUCUUGUGAAAUUAUAUAUUUUUAUAGAUGAUAUUUGUAAAUAUGUUGUAAAUAUUUUAUAAUUUACUAAACCAACUGACAUUAAACAACUAAGGCACAAAAUAUGAUAUUAAUUGUAAUAAAAUGAACCCAAGUUGAUUUACAAAAUUGUGAGAUAUGGAUACAAGAUGCAUAUACUGACUGACUUCUAUCAGGGUGGUUUAAAAAAAAUAUGAGGAACUUUUGUCAGCCAGCACCAUUAACAACCCCUUAUCGAAGCCCCUUGUGAUGGUGGUAAUAGUCCCAGGCAAGAUAGAAAAUGUAGACACCGUAUAACCAGUGUUCGUUUGUGUGAGUUUUAUACUUCCACUUAGGAGAGAGAGAGAAAUGGGGUUAAACGUCCACUUGACACAAACUAGGUCAUUUCGGGACUAACAUAUGGUUUUAAUUUUAUUUCAAUAAUUCGCUUGCGCGUAGGUUUUUUUAGCAGUGGGAGGAAACAGGAGGACCCGACUCCUUGUAAACGUACAACCGGGGAUUAGAAACCACGCCAGUCGACUCAAUGAAGAGAGAGAGAAAUGGGGUUUAACUUCCACUCCUUCCACUUAGGGUAAUAUCGUAGACUAGCAAUCAAUGCUAAAUACAUAUGAUUUAUGUACGAGUAUCAAAACCUGCCCCUCUUCCCUCCACUCCCCUUGUGAAUUCAAAUAGGUCAUUCACUAGAUAUGACCAAGUUCUAGGCUCAUCCCCCAAAAUUUAAACAUUCCUGUCUUAAAAUUUUUUAUUGUUGCUUCUAAAUUUGUCUCAAAAUGUUCACUUUGUUUAUGUUUGUAGCUUUUAGAAUUAAAUUGUGUUUGUUACAUCACCAAA